AUGGUUUGGAUUGUGGUAUUGCUUAUGACAUGUUCCUUAUCGUCUGUCAGACUUGCUCACAUUCAAGAAAAGAAAUAUGUUUUAUGCCUCGGCUUGAUAUCUGAUAUGAUAACAACUGAUAUUACUGUCGAUGAAAGAAAAGUAAAAUACUUUGUGCCAGAUAACUUGCAAUACAAACUACCACAUUACAUCGAUUGCCUGAGUGCGGCUAAGAUUUCUGUUCCAAAUAAUGCUACUGAACAAUUAUGGUACACAGUCCAAUGCGCUUACAAAAAGGAUACGGAA